AUGACCUUCUUUGAAGAUCAGUUUUCGUGUAUUGAUAUCAAUAAAUCGCCAAGGAGGAGAAAAGUGUAUCCACAACAUCUAUAUCCUAAUGAGCAAGCUCAGGCUCAUUAUAAUACACAACCGGCGCACUUUGAAACUCCAAAAAGGCAAUCCAACAGUGAGAUUAAGUCACAGAGUACCGUUAGACAACAACAUCGCGUUCAAAGUGACAACGACCUAGCAACAUGCCCCCAUUCAGAAACCGCAAUAUCCAAGAAGGAUUUUCAAUUCUCAUUCAUGAGAGCAACAUCUUCAUCACUUCAAAAAAGGCAAGGCUCAAAUUCAUACAACUCACUCUUGACAUCUUCAAACACAGCCAAUUCAUCGUACGCAAAAAAAAGACAUGAGUAUACAAGGCACCUAUCUCAUAACCAUCGAGGCAGAAGAAUUGCGCUGGGCCAAAACAUUCUAAAAAGCGACAACACAAUCAGUAACCAACCUUUUGAAUUGGAGUAUUUGAAUGAUUCUCCUUCGAAAAGUUCCAGGAGUAAAGAAAAUACAGUGCCAAAUGACAAAUCUCCUCCUAAACCCAGGCGACACGUUACACAACCUAUAUCUUGCCCGUCCGAUGUUUUCCAAAGACUUUAUACUCCGAAAUCAAAUCCGGGUUAUACGAAACCCCAAAGUCUAAAAGCUAGUAUACCAAAGUCGGGGAACGGGGCAAAAGUGCAGACAAUUGGGGAACUUUACAAUAUAUUGUUCAGAAAGGAUGCCAGGUUAUUUCGAUGCUCAAGGCAUGAUCCUUCCGCAUCAUCAAUGCAAAGGCCCGUGGAUGUCAACACCAUCUCACUUAAUCUGCUCAAUAUCUAUGAAAGAGGAGAAAUUAUACGAAAAGAUGGUGUAUAUUACGUACCGACAUCACAUGAACGCAACAUCAACUUGAAAAGUUACGGAAACAAUUUUGGCUUCGAUGAUAAUGGGGGAAAUUACAUAGUAUUGUUAGAUGAUCACAUUAAUUACAGAUUUCAGAUACUACAGAAUAUUGGCAAAGGAUCAUUUGGCAAUGUGGUAUUGGCAAAGGAUCACAAGUUUAAAGGAGAUAAUUUAGUGGCUAUCAAAAUCAUCAACAAUAACUUCAACUCCUCAAUUCAAUCGGUUAAUGAGAUCAAAAUGCUCAAACAUAUGAAGACGAGACAGCAUGAAAAUCUCAUUGAGUUUUACGAACAUUUCAAUUUCAGAAGUCAUAUUUGCAUUGUUACGGAGGUCCUAUCACUCAAUCUAUAUUCUGUACUUGAGAUUACUCAAUUUAGAGGUUUUUCCUUCGACUUGAUCAAAAAAUUCACCAAACAAAUACUUUGUGGACUAGGAUAUUUGCAUUCUUUGAAAAUUGUACACUGUGACAUGAAACCUGAAAACAUCAUGAUCAAAUUACCCGAGCACCCACAAGACGAAAGCCUCGUUGUCAAGAUCAUCGAUUUUGGCUCAUCAUGCUUCGAAGAUAAAAAAACAUUUACAUAUAUUCAAUCAAGAUUUUACAGGGCUCCCGAGAUCAUUUUGGGUGCCAAUUAUGAUAAUAAGAUAGAUAUUUGGUCCCUAGGUUGUCUUUUGUCAGAGCUAUUCACUGGCUCACCUUUAAUAGCUGGGAAGAAUGAAAUUGAUCAAAUCGGCUUGAUGUUGGAGAUGUUUGGUGCCCCAAAAUCGGCAACCAUAUUGAAAAUGCGAUCACAAUUGACGAGAAACCUACAUCAUUCAUCAGAUAAAGUAGCUUUGACAUUGAGUUCCCCAACUGAAAAACAGAUUAAAAAGACUUUAUUGUAUAAAAUAUUUGAUCUCAAUGGAAAGAUCAGCAUGUCUAUCUUAAAUCAUUAUAAAACAGCAACCAACUCAACGAAAAAGCAAUUUAAAUUGAAUUCUAAAAGUUUGGAAGUUUGUCUUGGUGUUGGAAGUUUGUCGUCAACUUGUGCUAAAGCAUUUAUCAAUCUCUUGCAACGUGCAUUAGUUUGGGAACCACUGGAUAGAGCUAGUGUGGAUGAGUUGCUUCGAGAUGAAUUUCUCGCGUAA